AUGAUCUGGGCAACGCCGGUCCAGGCACAGGAAACACUGAAGAUGGCGACGAUCGCGCCAAGUCUCGGUCAGGCAAUCACCAUGGCGACCUUUGCCAAUAUCGUGACGGACAAUCUGGACAAUGUCGAAAUCGAGGUCUCGGGUGGUGGCGCCGCGACGCUGCACAUGAUGGAAGUCGCGCGCGGCAAUCUCGAUUUGUCGAUGACCAGCCCCGUCAUCUACAACCUGAUGUCUGCAGGCAAGGCCAUGUAUGCCAAUGAGCCGGAAGCACCUGAGCUUGCCAAGAACUACAAGCUGCUGAUGUGGUUCCCGUACGGCCAGUAUCACUUCACGGUUCGCGGCGACAGCGACAUUCAGGUACUCGACGACAUCGAGGGUGCAUCCGUGUUUCUUGGGCCCCAGGGCGGUGGUGCCUACAACGCGGCGCGCGGAUGGGUGGAGGCAACCACCGGUCUUGUGGUCGGCGAGGACUAUGACGCCAUCAAGGCCAACUGGCAGACCGGAUUUCAGGCGUUUCUAGAUGGCAAGAUCGACGUCUAUGUGAAUGGCUGCCUCGAUCCGUGCGGGCAGUUCAUCCAGUUCACCGAAACGGAGAACCUGCGUUUCAUCGGACCGGAGAGCGACGAGGGCGAAGAAGUCGACAAGUGGCUUGGCAAAUGGCGCUAUCGCGCUGAAGUCCCUUCGGGAAUGUAUGACGGUCAGACCAACGAGGAAGCUGUGAUGUCCUUUGACACCGCAGUCGGUAUCGGUGUCCGCGCCGAUGUUGACGAGGAAACUGUCUACCAGAUCACGAAAACCUUCUGGGACAACCUGGAGCAGGUCACGUCGCAAGCUCCCUGGGCAAAGGCGCUGGACGUCAAGUUUGCGGCUUCCAAGCGCGGCCUGAUGGAGCUGCAUCCGGGUGCGGAACGCUACUACCGCGAAGCAGGUGCCAUUGAAUGA